CGGCUCAGAACGGACCGGAGUUAUUCUAGUUUCAAAUUUGACCGUCGCGAAACGUGCUCCAGAGGAUUGCGAUUUAAGGAUCCGCAGUUUGUUACGUUCAUUUCACGCUGCUUCUCUGCAAUUCGUUCUUUGAGUAACAUCCAAAACAGUCAAUAUGUGUGAUGAUGAUGCUGGAGCACUCGUUGUCGAUAACGGAUCCGGAAUGUGCAAGGCCGGUUUCGCUGGUGAUGACGCCCCGCGUGCCGUCUUCCCGUCCAUCGUUGGCCGUCCUCGUCACCAGGGUGUGAUGGUCGGUAUGGGUAACAAGGACUCGUACGUCGGUGAUGAGGCCCAGUCCAAGCGUGGUAUUCUCACACUGAAGUACCCGAUCGAGCAUGGUAUCAUCACCAACUGGGAUGAUAUGGAGAAGAUUUGGCAUCACACCUUCUACAAUGAACUGCGCGUUGCCCCAGAGGAGCAUCCAGUUCUGCUAACGGAAGCUCCUCUGAACCCGAAAGCCAAUCGCGAGAAGAUGACUCAGAUCAUGUUCGAAACCUUUAACUCGCCAGCCAUGUAUGUGGCCAUUCAAGCUGUUUUGUCUCUGUACGCUUCCGGCCGAACAACAGGCGUUGUUUUGGAUUCCGGUGACGGUGUGUCCCACACUGUGCCAAUUUAUGAAGGUUAUGCUCUGCCACACGCCAUUCUCCGUUUGGACUUGGCGGGCCGUGAUCUAACUGAUUACCUAAUGAAGAUCUUGACUGAACGGGGCUACUCAUUUACCACCACCGCCGAACGUGAAAUUGUUCGUGACAUCAAGGAAAAGCUUUGCUACGUCGCUUUGGAUUUCGAGCAGGAAAUGGCGACGGCUGCCGCUUCUACUUCGCUGGAAAAAUCCUAUGAACUUCCUGACGGUCAGGUCAUCACCAUUGGCAACGAACGCUUCCGAUGCCCUGAGGCCCUGUUCCAGCCCUCUUUCCUGGGUAUGGAGUCGAGCGGAAUACACGAGACCGUAUACAACUCGAUCAUGAAAUGCGAUGUCGAUAUUCGCAAGGAUCUUUAUGCCAACACGGUCCUGUCUGGUGGUUCCACGAUGUAUCCCGGUAUCGCCGAUCGUAUGCAGAAGGAAAUCACGGCACUGGCUCCGUCAUCCAUCAAGAUUAAGAUAAUCGCUCCUCCUGAGCGUAAAUAUUCCGUCUGGAUCGGUGGAUCGAUCCUGGCAUCGUUGUCCACCUUCCAGACCAUGUGGAUUUCCAAGCAGGAGUACGACGAAUCUGGUCCAUCCAUUGUACACCGCAAGUGCUUCUAAUUGUCUAAUCGAAUAAGUUACAGCAAAUACCAAAGAUCUUAGAUGUAUAGCAUUACGGUUGUAAUUUGAGAUUACAUUUAAGAUUCUUUACAUUUCGUGAAUUUAAGUGCAUUGAUCGUUUGCGAAAAGCAUGUUCUCAAUCACUGCAGACUCCUUUUUGUGAUAUUGGUAAAAACCUUUUUGUUCAUAGUAUCAUCUUAGUUAUUUCAAGCUAGAAAACCAAUUGGUGCUGUUUUAUGUUCUUUACUACGCUUUCCAUCCAGUUGUGAUCACACGACAGAUGAACCGAAGUAAUUGUGUAUUGAUCAGUGUAAAAUUUAGUAGUAAUUUCUUUAGUAUUAAACAAACACAAUCCUUUUUAUACAAGCAUGAGAAGACAUUUUUAAAGUUGCAUAAAUAAAGUGUUUCCUGAUAAAUUUUCAAAACAGAA